GAGCGGCAGCAGGCGCCUGAAGCAGGGCGCGCCACUGCCUCCCUUCGGCCGGCCGGCGCCGGCCCUCCGCGCGAGCCAGCUUGCUCGGAGCGGAUUCUUGUGUCGGGAUGCGAUGGCGGCGCCCCCCGGCCGCCCUUUCCCGGCCCCGCCCUUGGUUGCGUAGUUGCGCGCCACCGACCCUGCGCGGGGUGGGUGUGCCUAGCCUGUUGACGGAUUGGGCCCCACACUUUGGGCGUAGCAAGCCCUGGAAUGGCCAGCGGGGCGCCCCUCCUCCUUGAAGCAGCCCUUUGCCUGAUGCAGAUUCUCUGCGGCGCCCGCAUUGUCUCCGCUUGCCAGCUUUGGCAUGAGGCCACUCCCUUGGGCGCUACCGCUCUCACUAUCGUCGCGCUGGAUGGUCGCCGUCCCAGGGGACGGCGAAAAUUUCAAGCGAAAUGCCGCCAAGGUGAUCGCCCAGCAGCGCGUGGGGGCUGAGAACUUCCAUGAAGCCAUGGCGGCAAGGGACCAGCUUUACCUCCCCGCCCGCUGCCAACCUGUCUCACGAAAAACAGGUCGCCGUGAUGGUGUUGGUGUAGUAGAGUAGCCGUAACUAGAAGACUUCGGAUGACGGGGGACUCGAGUUGUAGUGGUCCAGAAAAUGCAAAAUGUUCGGUCCAGUUUGUGCCGAUCAUGAUGAGGGCACCAAAGUACAUAAGAAGUCCGCACAACGUCAUAGGAGUAUAUCCCAUGAUAAGAAAGAAGCGCAACGAACAUGAAGCAACGUAGUUUCCUAACCUUUUCAUCAGCACGACCAAAGAACCUCCUAGAAGCGUGCGCGCAUGCCUCUACUUCCUUUCAUUCGCAGUCAUCCAGUUCAAGUCUCCCUCACCUUACAUUUGGCCGAAGAUUGUGCGACCAGCCGUUCGAACCGGGACACAGAGCCAACAUAUCAAAUCUCGUUGAACAAACGACCGUACUAGGCAGCACGCAGCGAUUUUGUUUCCAACAAACACGUGGCGUUUUACAGAUCAAGUACCGGAAAGAGAAAAUUCCCGCACAUUUGCACAAUGACAUCGGAAUCGGAAAUAGAGCUGCAACACCAACUAGCGGCAAAACUAAUACCUCCUCGACCGCGAAUCCUGGCACGACGACCACAAGCGCUUCUCACACUUUCACGAACUACGAAGAAAAUCGGAACAAAAAGGCACAGUCGGCCACCAGCAACUCAUCGCCAUCGAGCCACAACAUCCGCUCGGACUCACAGCAACAGCACGACUCUGAAGGGCGACACCAAUCUUGCACCAGCUCUUCGUCUUCCCGUCUGCCCUACCUGGUUCGGCGCACGCCGUCCGGGAAUCUCCCGGUCUAUGCCGAGCAGAUGCCGCUCUUCACCGGCGCCAGCUACGCGACGCAGGGGUACCGGUUGAAGAUUUCGAAAAUCUGGGGCGACGCGAAUUCUCUGUUGCAGGAAUUGAAAAAAAGUGUCUUUUCGUCCGAGGAAUUGAAAGCGAUAAAGCCCAAAAUCCUCAAAAAGCGGGGGAAACAGCUGGAGCUGAGCAAUCUGGCGAAGAAUAGUGAUUUGGACGACAAAAUCAAAAAGUACCUCGUGGCAGCAGGGUUUUGAUGGAAAUGCUGAAUGGUGAUGGUGAAUUAAUGCUCCAGGGUAGAACGUUUGAGAUUGAGAUUAAAGCCCGGCGUUUUUAUUUGUUUUUGUGCAUGUUUCGACGUUUGGAGAGCGCAAUGGUAUGUCUGCAUUUGAUCUUGGUCCGAUUUUUUGGUGCGCGUUAUCGUGUUGAAGCUGAUGUUCUAAAAGUUUAGUUUUUAAUCGAAAAGGUAAAGGCACUCCGAGUAAAAUGAUGCACCUCUAUCUCUGGGCACGCGACAAAGAACGCUGAAACUUCGUUAGCAUUCAAGAUGGC